AUGGAAAUCCCAUCUGAUCCGAAGAUCGACAACUUCGACAUUCUCCAAACCUCCUAUAAAACGGUCAAAGACCAUGGAAUUCGUUGUGAUAUUCUUGUACCAAAAGCGCGACCCCAAGGGAAGAGACCCGUCAUACUCAACUUCCAUGGCGGUGGUCUGGUAACCGGAGACUCACUUCUCAUGUUCAUUUGGCCCGCCUGGUUAUCCGAUAUAGCCCUGAAACACGGAGCGAUAAUCCUAAGCGCAAACUAUCGGCUUAUGCCCGAGGCGACAAGCACAGAAAUCUACGAAGAUGUCGACGACUUCUGGGCCUGGAUCCAUACACCCGAGCUAGCAGACCUUUUGAAAAAACACUCCACUCCCACAGAGCUAGACCUAGGUCGUAUCAUGGCCAUUGGUGGAUCGGCUGGUGGCACACUUAGUCUUUACCUAGCCUUCGCGCAUCCAACAGAGAUACGCAGCGUCACUGCCGCGUACCCAGUUGCUGAUUUUAUGACUCCAGCUUAUACAGAGCCCCGUGGUGAACCUGUCUGGGGCCAGAAUGUUCCCGAGUCGGUUUACCACGAUACUAUGGAUAGCAGUAAGAUUGGCGCCCCUGUCUCAUCGGUCCAUUCGCCGGAACGGUCAGCUUUCAUGCUUGCUUGUUUUCAGCACGGACAUCUUGGGGCGCUUUAUGCACGUGGCGCGGAGAAUACGCCGCGUGAGAAACUCUCUCUCAUCGCACGACUCGAGCAGUCAGGGGGCGCGAUCCCUUGUGGUGGAGUUGUGAUUAUACAGGGCCGGCAAGAUAGUGUGAUUCCGAUGGCCGAGACGGAGAAUUUUGUUAAGCGUGCGCGCGAGUUGACGUCUCCUGACGAUAUUGUUUAUGUCACGCUGGAAGGGGAGCAUGGCUGUGCUCUAGAUUCGCGAUUGGACGAUCAGUGGCUGCAAGAUGCGUUGUGGAAGGCGAUUGAAGCUUGGUUAAAGUGA